GAUUGUGACCUGGUCCGCCUCAAUGAGGAAAGUGACGAUGCAGCAUCAAUACAGGAUAGUGUCGAAAAAGACAUUUUUGAUGAUGAAACAGCUGAAGACGCACCUAAACUUCCUCCCAACCCAGUGAAGAAUUCGAAAGAGGACGAUUCGAAAUACGGAGUAUGUCAAGGACGUAAGGUAUCGCAGAUACUAGGCCUGAAUACCAAAGGUUCCGAGCUGCAAAUGCUGGUUCUUUACUCUGAUUACAAGAAAAAUCGCGAGAAAUGUGCCGAGCUUGUUCCGUCUCGUAUUUUACGACAUUAUGCUCCUCAGAUGGUUAUCGAUUACUACGAGUCAUUGGUCUCUUCGAAAUGA